UUUUGACAGCAGCAGAGUUGUUUAGGAGACAAACAAGGACGUGUUGAAGGGGACAAUUCUUUCCCUCCUUGUUCCACUCGAACUCGCACUGACAGCUUCUCAACGCACGGCUGUUUCUGACGGGAUGUCGGUUUCUGAUCGGGCUGUCCAUUGUAAGUCUGAUGAAUGAUCCUCCCCCUAGUCCCGUCCUCCGUCAUGGUCGACAUGGAGAGCCACUGCCGGCCUCCGUCCCCCCUAGAGGAUUCGGUGCUGGGCAGCCCGCUGUGUGGGGACUUCAUCGGGGGCAUGGAGGAGCUGCAGGACAUCUCCCAAUCCAUCCACGGUGAUGCCCACAGCUCCUUUGACGUCCCUGAGUACCAGUCCCAGUCGAGUAACGGCUCUGGCUCUGAAGGAUCCACCAUUCUAGAUGCUCUGACCCCAGCCUCCAGCCCAUCAUCGGGAGUGUAUGGGGCGGUUGCAGGGCAGGAAGAGUUCUCCUCCACCUCGCUCAACCUGGAGUGUCGGGUGUGUGCCGACCGCGCCUCCGGAUACCACUAUGGAGUUCACGCCUGUGAGGGCUGCAAGGGUUUCUUUCGACGGACCAUCCGCCUCAAGCUGGAAUAUGACAAGUGUGAACGCCGAUGUAAGAUCCUGAAGAAAAACCGGAACAAGUGCCAAUACUGCCGCUUCCAGAAGUGCCUGUCUGUGGGCAUGUCCCACAAUGCGAUCCGUUUUGGUCGGAUGCCCCAGUCAGAGAAGCUGAAGCUCAAGGCAGAGAUCCAGACGGGGGACAGGGAGGUGGAGGACCCCGAGCAAGCCGACCAGAAGACCCUGGCCAGGCACAUCUAUGAGGCCUACCUCAAAAACUUCAACAUGAACAAGGCCAAAGCCCGGACCAUCCUCACCGGAAAGACCAGCACUCCACCAUUUGUCAUCCACGACAUGGAUACCCUCCAGCUGGCAGAGCAGACCCUCGUUGCCAAGAUGGUGGGCACGGCUGGGGGCCAUCUGCUGGAGAAGGAGGCUGAGGUCCGCAUCUUCCACUGCUGCCAGUGCACCUCCGUGGAGACAGUCACAGAGCUGACUGAGUUCGCCAAGUCUGUCCCCGGCUUCUCCAGCCUGGACCUGAACGACCAGGUGACUCUGCUGAAGUAUGGAGUGUACGAGGCGCUGUUCGCCCUGCUGGCCUCAUGUAUGAACAAGGACGGCCUCCUGGUGGCCUAUGGAUCGGGCUUCAUCACUAGGGAGUUUCUCAAGAGUCUGAGGAGGCCCUUCAGCGACAUGAUGGAACCCAAGUUCCAGUUCGCCAUGAAGUUCAACGGGCUGGAGCUGGAUGACAGUGACCUGGCCCUGUUUGUGGCCGCCAUCAUCUGCUGUGGAGACCGUCCCGGCCUGGUGAAUGUUGGCCACAUUGAGCGCAUGCAGGAGAACAUUGUUCAGGUGCUGCGGCUCCACCUGCUGGCCAACCACCCAGACGACACCUUCCUCUUCCCCAAGCUGCUGCAGAAACUCUCCGACCUCCGGCAGCUGGUCACCGAGCACGCUCAGUUGGUCCAGGAGAUCAAGAAAACAGAGGACAUGUCACUCCACCCCUUGCUGCAGGAGAUCUACAGAGACAUGUACUGAGACACUGAGCCCAGAAAGGAGGGUGAGGGCUGUGUCACACACCCACCUCACCCUCCAUCUUGGGGACAUGUACUGAGUCUAGAAAGGAGGUUGCCCUCCAUUUUGGGGACACGUGCGUGAACAGUCUCUCUGAAUAGUCCCACCAUGAAAGGAUUGAACCACUGGACCCCCAGAUGCAGGGUUGCUCAUCUUUCAGACAGGACCGGUCAGGACAAUAGGACUAUAUUCUGGGCACCUGUAGUGGGGUCCACUACCCCCACAGGGACCUAUAUGGCCAUAUUACCUGUGUGGAUGGGCAAUAUGAAGAUGAACUGAGUGUCCUGUUCCAGUGUUUGUCCUAACUAGAGAACAUGUAUUGGUCUGGGUUUAGACACCUUUGGCCAACGUCAGAAAUAAGUACACGGAUCAAAUAAUCAAUUGCUUGUUUAGAUAACAGUGGCUGUGUUUAGACAGGCAGCCCAAUUCUGAUAUUUCUUUCACUAAUUGGUCUUUUGACCAAUCAGAUCAGCUCUGAAAAAGAUCUGAUAUGAAAAGAUCUGAUGUGACUGGUCAAAAGACCAAUUAGUGGGAAAAAGAUAAGAAUUGGGCUGCCUGUCUAAAUGCAGCAUAUGAUUCAGUCAGACUAUAGCCACAAGAGUCCCUGCUAGAGGGCAUCCCUUUCAUAUACGGUACACACAUCUCUGACAUAAUCAGGCCCUUGAGUGAUGAACAGCAGGAUGUAUUGACAGAAUCACCACUCCAGCAGUAUCUUUAUAACUAUGUCAUUUUGUAACGAACUUCAGAGUGAGAGAAAAUAAUGAUAAUGUUGCACACCUAUUUUGCAGUAAAGACACCCAAGCGACUUCAAUGCCGAAUACAGACUUCAGAUGUGAGUGACUGUGUCUCACUGUAAGGCAGCUUUUUAGCGAUUGGAUGUUCUCCCCCAGUGAGGUUAUGGGAUUGCAUGGUCAAUAAGGUCCUCCUGAGUGUCUGUCUCUCUCACUGCCGGUGUGUGUGUCUCUCCUAUAUUCAGUUUCCUAACACUGUACCAGGUUACUGUCCCUCGGAUCUGGCUGCAGCAGCUCAAAAUCCAACUCACAGUACAAGUAAAUGUAACAUAUUGCUUAAUUCAUUUGGGGAAACCUCUCCUGUGUGUUUCUAAGCUCUUGCUCCUGCUUAGGCUAUAACUUAUCAUGUCUAAGAAAUUUGGAUUCCUCUGGGGGGAAAAAAUGACUUUAGCUAUAAAUGUUAAUUUAACAUUUGCAUAUUUGCUAAUCUUAUCAUGAAUGAGGCUACAGAGUUUCAGAAAGUGCUCCCCAUAUAUCCCACUGAGUUUUUAGUCCUUUGCUCUUUUGGGCAAAGACCCACAGCCUCAGUUGGAGGGACCCAUUAUUGGCUGCCACAGGUCUCCGUUGUUCAAACGUCAGUUACUCAUCAGUCAUAUUUCGACCGAGAAUACACUAUGUGCUUUUUAGUGAUGGUUUUCACAUACCUUGCCCUUCAUCUCAUUUUCCUCUCCUAUCUAGACCAAACUCAUGGAGGCUUUGGUGUGCAUUAUAUUCAUUUUAUAAAAACAUGGUGAAGCUCAAUGAUUUCAAAGAUUUUUCAUUUUCAAUACUUUCACAAACAAAAGUAAACAAACUACCAUGUCAAUAGUGUUCCCCCCACCGUUCAGAACAUGGCUCCAUCAGGACAUUUGUUUGUAAGUGGUUUGAUUUAAUUCAAAACAGACUGAUUUGGAAAUGACCAAUCAGAGAUUCACUGUGUAAAUGCACCCACAACGCAACACUAAAGCAGUGUGCUUACGCGAUAUGAUAUAAGACUCUUUUAUAUACUGUAAUAUUUGGCACUCCAUCUUGUUUUGUAUACUGGUAUUAAAGGGCUAAUAUGACUUCAAACUAUAUUAAAACCUUAACAAAGGCAGAUUGAGAGCAGAUUUACAGCAUUUUAAGCCAUUAACUAGACAGCCUUCUCUCUCUCUCUCUCUCUCUCUCUCUCUCUCUCUCUCUCUCUCUCUCUCUCUCUCUCUCUCUCUCUCUCUGUCUCUCUCUCUCUGUCUCUCUCUCUCUCUCUCUCUCUCUCGUUCUGUAAUUACUCCGUAGACUAGGGUUCAGUGGUAGUUUGUUUUAUCUAGUAGAGAUGAAAUACUAAAGCUGCCUCAUCAAACCAGCCAUCAAUCCUUCCCAGAACUGUUGAGAAUGUUUCAAAGACAGAAUGAAAUGAUCUUUCCUGUGUGCAUGCUUUUCUAAUGGAAAGGAUAUACAAUACCUGUGUGUAUUUUUCGUGAGGGAAUGUUUUUUGUUCUUUGCUUACUGAAGCAAAUUCUCAUGAAUCCACAAAUCAAUGUUUUUUAUUGGUGUAAUGGACCUAGCUUCCCUCUCUGCAACACGUUCUAUUAAUGCUGUGUACAUAGAUUCAGUGAUUAUGUGAUUGCUUGACCCAACUAUAACCAGAGGUUUGCAGGAUACUAACUAUUAUCGGGUAUGUUUUGUAUUCCUUUUUGUCUGGUAAAUACAUUUCAAUGUUUUAAAUGGUA